AUAACAAAAAACCCAACUCAUAUUUCUCACAUCUAAGCUUAGUCUGUUUCAGGUUUCUCUCAAACCUCACCCAAAAACGCCAAAAACCACAACUAAGGUUUGAUUGGGGUUUAACGAGGGUUACUACAGUUUCCACCAUUUCCCUGAAGACGAAGAAGACGAAGAAGAAGCUUUCAUCAAUCUAAUAGAAUCAAUCAUUUAGCCAUUAUCCGAAAAUGCGUCGAAGCUUAUCCAUUUUGGGUCCUCGCAAAUGGCUCAAACCUUCUUCUACUUGUACCAACGUCUACUGUUUCGUCACAAACCCUCCACUCCCUUCUAACCCUAACGGCUCCGCAAAUUCCCGAUACCUCUCUUACUUCGCACCUCAACGACGACAACAACAAGCUCCAGAUCCGGAUGAUCCAUCGAAUCUAUUGAAAGAAGAUGGAGUCUCACUCUGUUCUCAGAUGUGGCUUGAGAAUUUCAAAGAACCUGACAAAACCGCUACCAGUUUGACCUCGUAUCUUAGAAGAUUCGAGUUAUGGGUAUUAGCUUAUCAGAAAGUUUGCUGUGAUGAGUUAGGUGCUUAUGUUCCUCGUAGCUCGAUUCAGAGAUCAGCUUUAGAGAAUUUGUUAGCUUUGAGGAACUCUGUUCUUGAUGAUCGGUUUAAAUGGGGAGCUCGUUUGGAUUUCUAUAUCAAAUCUCCGAGGGAUAAAACUGAGUACGAGUCUUUGUCUAAGAGGAAGAUUAAAGCUAUUUUGACUACUACGCAACCUACUCCGUUUCAGGAUAGGAUUGUUCAGGAGGUUCUGUUGAUGAUUCUGGAACCCAUUUACGAGUCUCGCUUCUCGCAGAAGUCGUUUGCGUUUAGGCCUGGUAGAACUGCGCAUACGGUUUUGAGAGUGAUUCGGAGGAACUUCGCGGGUUAUUUGUGGUAUGUUAAAGGUGAUUUGAGUGUUGUUUUGGAUGGGAUGAAAGUUGGGUUUGUGAUUAGUUCUUUGAUGAGAGAUGUUAGAGAUAAGAAAGUAAUUGAUUUGAUUAAAGCUGCGCUUGUUACGCCUGUUGUCACUAGUAAAGUGGAAGAUGGUGAGAAGAAGAAGACUAAGAAGAGAAAGUAUCAGAAGAAACGUGUUUUGGCUGACGAUGAGCCGAAGCCUGAUCCUUAUUGGUUAGAGACCUUCUUUGGUUUCGCUCCUGAAGAAGCUGGGAAGUCUCCUCAGUGGGGACAUUGCGGGAUUCUUAGUCCUCUUUUGGUUAAUGUAUGUCUAGAUGAGCUUGAUCGUUGGAUGGAAUCGAAAGUGAAAGACUUUUACCGUCCCUCUAAAAGCGAUGUUAUAUGGAAUAACCCUGAAGGAGAUGCAGAUCAAGGAAACACCUCAUGGCCUGAGUUUGUUCCCACUAGCGGUCCUGACAAGACGAGGAAAAUGGAUUAUGUUAGAUAUGGAGGUCAUAUCUUGAUCGGAGUACGUGGGCCUCGAGCUGAUGCUGCAACGUUAAGGAAAGAGCUGAUUGAGUUCUUUGAUCAGAAGUAUAUGCUUAGACUCGACAAUGAGAAUCUCCCCAUUGAACAUAUAACCAAAGGUAUAAUGUUUCUUGAUCAUGUUUUGUGUCGCCGAGUUGUUUAUCCGACUCUGAGGUAUACUGCCACCGGUGGGAAGAUUAUAAGCGAGAAAGGCGUGGGGACGCUUUUGUCCGUUACAGCGAGUUUGAAACAAUGCAUUAAACAGUUUCGAAAGCUGAAUUUUAUUAAAGGAGAU